UUCAAACUGACACGAAAUCCCGUGAGAACUGAGGUAUUGGAGUUCUCGCGAUAGUUUGUGUCUGUCGUUGCGCAUUGGGAAACAAGAGCGACGAACAGAUUAGCCUAUACUGAGUAUUGUUACAAAAAAUAGAAAGCUACGAAAGAGGAUGUCGGAUAGCGAGGACAGUGAUUUCUCUGACAAUCAGAGCGAACGCAGCAGCGAAGCCGAAGAGGUCGAUGAAAAUGAGGAGGAAGAGGGGCAAGGCAGCAUUGCAGGCAGCGACAAAGGGGAGGAAGAUGCAGAAGACAUAGAGGAAGAUGAGGAUGAGUAUGAUGAAGAGGAGGAGGAGGAGGAGGAUGAUGAUCGGCCCAGGAAGAAACCAAAAUAUGGAGGCUUUAUCUUAGAUGAAGCUGAUGUGGAUGAUGAAUACGAAGAUGAAGAUCCUUGGGAGGAUGGUGCUGAAGAUAUAUUGGAGAAAGAGGAAGUUGAAGUGUCAAACCUUGAGCACACGGUUCUGGAUGAGGACCACUCUGGAUCGCGCCGGCUCCAAAAUCUGUGGAGGGACUCUCGAGAGGAGGCUCUGGGAGAGUACUACAUGAGAAAGUAUGCAAAGUCCUCUGGAGGAGAACAUUUCUCUGGGGGGUCUGAGGAGCUUUCUGAUGACAUCACCCAGCAGCAGCUACUCCCUGGAGUCAAAGAUCCUAAUCUAUGGACUGUCAAGUGUAAGAUCGGGGAAGAGAGGGCAACUGCCAUUGCUCUAAUGAGGAAGUUCAUUGCCUACCAGUGUACAGACACGCCACUGCAGAUAAAAUCUGUGGUAGCCCCUGAGCAUGUAAAGGGCUACAUCUACGUCGAGGCCUAUAAGCAGACUCAUGUAAAGGCUGCAAUCGAGGGCGUGGGAAACCUGCGCAUGGGCUUCUGGAACCAGCAGAUGGUGCCCAUCAAGGAAAUGACCGACGUCCUCAAGGUGGUCAAAGAGGUCACUAACCUUAAGCCUAAAUCCUGGGUGAGGCUGAAACGAGGACUCUACAAGGAUGACAUUGCUCAGGUGGAUUAUGUUGAACCAAGUCAAAAUACGAUAUCAUUAAAACUGAUUCCACGCAUAGAUCUGGACCGAAUCAAGGCCCGAAUGAGCCUGAAAGACUGGUUUGCCAAAAGGAAGAAGUUCAAGAGACCUCCACAGAGACUCUUUGAUGCUGAGAAGAUCAGGUCACUUGGAGGUGAAGUCAGUCAUGACGGAGAUUUCAUGAUAUUUGAAGGCAACAGAUACAGCCGAAAAGGAUUUCUUUUUAAAAGCUUUGCCAUGUCCGCUGUAAUCAUAGAGGGUGUGAAGCCUACAUUGUCCGAGCUGGAAAAGUUUGAAGACCAACCAGAAGGGAUUGACCUUGAGGUUGUCACAGAAACCACAGGCAAGGAACGGGAACACAAUCUGCAGGCUGGAGACAAUGUUGAGGUGUGCGAAGGGGAGCUGAUUAAUUUACAAGGCAAGAUCCUCAGCGUAGAUGGAAACAAGAUCACCCUCUUGCCCAAGCAUGAGGACCUCAAGGACCCCUUGGAGUUCCCAGCCCAUGAGCUAAGGAAGUAUUUCAAGAUGGGUGACCACGUGAAGGUGAUAGCUGGACGUUAUGAAGGUGACACAGGGCUCAUCGUACGUGUGGAGGAGAACUUUGUCAUACUUUUUUCAGAUCUGACCAUGCAUGAGUUGAAGGUUCUUCCACGUGACCUUCAGCUCUGCUCAGAAACAGCUUCUGGGGUGGAUGCUGGUGGCCAGCAUGAGUGGGGAGAGCUGGUACAACUUGACCCCCAAACUGUGGGAGUCAUUGUACGACUGGAAAGGGAGACAUUUCAGGUCCUUAACAUGCAUGGGAAGGUGCUCACGGUUCGGCAUCAGGCUGUAAACCGGCGAAAAGACAACCGCUUUGCUGUGGCUCUUGACUCGGAACAGAACAACAUCCAUGUGAAGGACAUUGUUAAGGUCAUUGAUGGGCCCCACUCGGGGCGGGAAGGAGAAAUCCGUCAUUUGUUCAGAGGGUUUGCUUUCCUGCACUGUAAGAAGCUGGUGGAAAACGGCGGCAUGUUUGUCUGCAAGACUCGUCACUUGGUCCUUGCUGGUGGUUCUAAGCCCAGAGAUGUUACCAAUUUCACAGUGGGCGGGUUCGCACCCAUGAGCCCGCGAAUCAGCAGCCCAAUGCAUCCGGGGGGUGGCGGCCAACCGCAAAGAGGUGGAGGUGGAGGCAUGGGCCGGGGGCGGGGAAGGAGGGACAAUGACCUGAUUGGACAGACGGUCCGGAUUUCACAGGGACCAUACAAAGGUUACAUUGGAGUAGUAAAGGAUGCCACUGAAUCCACUGCCCGUGUGGAGCUGCAUUCUACUUGCCAGACAAUCUCCGUGGACCGCCAGCGCCUUACAACAGUGGGUGCCAAGCGUCACGGAGGAAUGACCUCUACACAUGGAAGAACACCGAUGUAUGGAUCUCAAACCCCCAUGUAUGGGACUGGUUCCCGGACUCCGAUGUACGGGUCACAGACGCCUCUUCAUGAUGGAAGCCGAACACCUCACUAUGGCUCUCAGACCCCAUUGCAUGAUGGGAGUCGUACACCGGGACAAAGUGGAGCCUGGGACCCCAACAACCCAAAUACCCCUUCACGCCCCGAUGAUGAUUUUGAGUUCGGUUAUGAUGAUGAGCCUUCAACAUCUCCGCAAGGCUAUGGUGGUACACCUAACCCCCAAACCCCCGGGUACCCUGAAGUACCGUCCCCACAGGUCAACCCACAGUACAACCCUCAAACACCUGGCACUCCGGCCAUGUACAAUACCGACCAGUACUCUCCAUAUGCAGCUCCCUCACCGCAAGGUUCCUACCAGCCCAGCCCCAGCCCCCAGAGUUAUCACCAGGUGGCCCCUAGUCCUGUGGGCUAUCAAAACACACAUUCUCCUGCUAGCUACCACCCUACUCCUUCACCUAUGGCCUACCAGGCUAGUCCAAGCCCCAGUCCGGUAGGCUACAGCCCCAUGACUCCAGGUGCCCCUUCUCCUGGUGGAUAUAAUCCCCACACACCAGGAUCCAACAUUGACCAGACCUCAUGUGACUGGGUUACUACGGACAUCGUGGUUAGGGUCAAGGAUACGUUUCUCGACGGACAGGUUAUCAACCAGACGGGCGUGAUCCGAAGCGUCACGGGAGGGAUGUGCUCUGUCUUCCUCCAAGACACAGAGAAAGUAGUUAGCAUAUCCAGUGAACAUCUAGAGCCAGUAACGCCCACCAAGAACAACAAGGUGAAGGUAAUACUGGGUGAGGACCGAGAGGCAACCGGCGUGCUUCUGAGUAUUGAUGGGGAGGACGGCAUCGUACGAAUGGAACUGGAUGAGCAACUCAAAAUUUUGAAUCUUCGUUUCCUGGGGAAAAUGGAAGUUUAAGUGAAACUUUUCACACUGAGCAGCCGCAACCCACCACAGCACUUGCUGACACAACCAGCAUCGUGUAACUUUGUCCUGCUGUCAUGUCAUUUUAUUUUUCUAGUUUGUUUGUUUGCAGUAUGAAUAACAGCGGCACAGCCUGGAACAUAGUUAAAAUUUUUUUUUAUCGUGUUAAACCGUAAAAUGACGCACCCCCAGGCCCUCUGUUUUUAGAGCCGACUAUUUUCAGUGUGAAAUUCCGUGUCAAUAAAUUGUCAAACGCA